GUGGCGCCCUCUGCCCGUGCCCGUGACGUAACGCCGCUCCCGCCCCGCGUGACGUCACCGCGGCGGAGGCGCCGCCAUGGAGCGGGAGUCGGUGGAGCUGCUGGCGGCGGCGCAGGCGCAGUUGGCGGCGCGGCGGCUGGAGGCGGCGGAGGAGCUGUACAGCCGGGUCAUCGCCCGCGGCGCGGGGCGGGGCGCCGGCCGCCACCUCGCCACGGCCCUCAACGACCGCGGGCACAUCAAGUACCUGCGGGUGGAGUUCGCCGCCGCCAUGGAGGACUACACGGCCGCCAUCCAGUGCCAGCCCGGCUUCGAGGUGCCCUACUACAACCGGGGGCUGGUGCUCUACCGGCUGGGAUGCUUUGAUGAGGCCAUGAAAGACUUCAGGAAAGUAUUAGAGUUAAACCCCCAGUUUGAAGAUGCUGCUUUGAGUCUAAAACAAGCUAUUCUUGAUAAAGAAGAAAAAGAAAAGCGAGGUUAUUGAAAAUGCAGCUAGUGGUGCGAAAAUGUUUUGCUGAACGCUUAUGUGAUUCUUGUUAUUGAUGGAUGAAACACAACAUUGUUUACAUUUGUUGUGACUACUGGAGAAACCUUGUUGUUUGGUAAAUAAGUUAAGAAUGGAUUAUGAUUGCAAAGUCAACUAUUUUUGGAUAUUGUCAGUGUUCAGGAAAAGCAUCAUAUUAGGUCUCUGUGCGAUACUUGUACAGAUUUUAUACAGAAGUACUUGAUAAAGACACUGGAAGCUCAGUAACAACAAAUGAAAUCUGUAGUUCUUUUAUUAGAACUGUGUUUCUGUACUCUUUCUCAGAUUGUUUUGAACUCCUGGGCAAGAAAAGUCAUUAUAUAAAACAUUUAAAUACUUAAGAUUUGAGCUUGUGAGGACAGUGGUUUCAUAAUGAUAUUUUUUGUGCACAUUUAAAUGUAAAUUUGAUGUAAGCUGAAAGUGCAAUUCUUAAUUAUAAGGUGUUGUCCUUGAGAUGCUAUGGUAACUGAUUUCAGAGUGUUUCUGUACUAAAAAACAAAGAAAACAAGAUGUUUUUAGGUGACACCAUCUGUACCUUGCAGGAGGAAUGUGGUAUAAGAAUUCAGUCCAUAUGUUCGUUCACUCCUAGAGGUAGUUUUACAUUAUGUAAACAGGUAGGAACAGAGUAUACCUAUUUUUUUGUAAUCCCAUUGUGAAAAUUAAUAAUUGAAUUAAUAAAAAUGAACAUGUACUUUUUAUCUCACAAUUGUCUGUAAAGAGCUUAUAGUAGAGAGUGUAGUGGGAUUGAUCACAGUACAAAUUGUGACUUUUCCUUUUUACUGAAAAGGUCAGUUGCUUGAAAAAUGCAACAUGAAAUCGAUCUGAUUGAACUCAGGCAGCUUCAUUUCUCACAUGAUAGGAGGCAUCAUUGCUGAAAUCUACAAAUCAUCAUUAAGAAACACCCAUGAAUGUUCAGAGCAGUACAAGUUCUAAUAAAGGAAAUACUCUGGUUGCCCACAUGAGCAUUAGGAUUAUUUUUCAAAAAUAAAUUAUGCUGAUGACA